AUGGCGGAGAUGGUGGUAGCUGGACUGGCCACUCCAACCAGCGCUCUCAACGAUCUCGUUCAAGUGCCAGCCCUGCGACUUCCAGAAAGACUCGCAGAACAAGCAGGGAAACUAACGCCACCCCGUCUGCAGGCGGUAGGGGUAGACGGCAAAGGAGAAGUCCGUCUGCAUCUUUGCAAUCGACGCAAUGAUGUAUGUUUCCUCGUCGACACUAGCUCAGUCGUUUUUCUCAUGCCUCCUCAAUGGUCCACUGAGGGCCUAAAGGAGCAGCAGCUAACUCUCUACGGAGCAAAUGCCUCACCAAUCCACACGUACGGUAGCAAACGUCUAAUGUUGAACCUAAGCUUGAGACGCGAUCUGGAUUGCGAGGUUAUCCUGGCUGACGUCCUCCAUGCGAUUUUGGGCGCGGAUUUCCUGGCAAAGCAUGAAUUAUUAGUGGAACUCAAAAAUUGCUGCCUGAUUGACCCACUCACCGGGUUGUCCUCGAGGGGUAUGCUUGGAUCGGCAAUACUACACACUGUUUCCACGGUACUCCCUCUGUCACACACGCAGAACAGGGCCUACGCUCAUCAACAUGCAGCCCUCCUGCAGGAAUUUGCAGACAUUUUGAGAUUCAACACAAAGCCGAUUCAGACGCCAAACCUCCCAAUUAGGCACAUAAUAGCUACAACUGGCCCACCUGUGUUCGAGCGUCUACGCAGGCUUGUUGGAGAAAAACUGGCAGCAGCUAGAAGAAAAUUCGACAGCCUACUGGAGAAAUGUAUAAUACGCCCGCCAUCAAGACAGUGGUCAAGCCCUCUACACAUGGUGAAGAACAAAGACGGUACGUAA